AUGUCAAGCCGUACCAAUAUAUACAAGUUUUUUUUCAAAUUCAAGGCGCUUAAUAAUGUAGGCUGUGUCCUUGAAAACCAAUUACUUCUUAGUGGGCAACCCAUCACCGACCCCAUCGAGCGAGGCAAAGCUUACGAUUUUACACUACUAAGCAUUCACGAUAAUCGUAAGGCUUUAAAAGAAUACCAAGCAAGCCCAGAGCAUCAUCGCUACAGCUCCAAACCGUACAGAGAGGAUACAAUUAGAUUGGACUUUAAGAUUAAUUAUGGUGAUAGGAAUACAUACUGUUUCAUCGCGAAGAGGAAUUAUAUGUAUAUAGAUAAAAGUUUUAGUAGAAGGGAAGAGACAUGCAAUGUGCAAGUUCGGCAUGGGUGCUAA